AGAGCGACCCCGUCCUCUCCGCCCCUCAGACGAAGAAGCGAGGCCUGAGGCUGCAGCGGCGGCGCGGGCGCGCGGUGCAUUGUGGGCGCCUGCUGAGGCCUCUCUUGCGCAAGGGCCGCGGGAUGGCAGCAGCGGCCUGCGCGGCGGCGGCGGCGGCACGAAGCCGGUGCUGGGCGGCGGUGGCGCUGAGCCGGGCCAGGGCCUCCUCCUCGUCGUCGUCGUCGUCCUCGUGCGGCUCCGGGCUGCCCUGCGGAGCGGCGGCGGCGCUGCGAGGGGCGGCGCGCGGGACGGGCCUGUGGGCGUGGCCUGGCCUGGUCCCCCGGAGGGCCCUUUCUUCACGGUGAGCGGAGAGGGACGGGGAGCCACGGCGGGGGGGGGCUUCAGGGAGGGGGGAGCUUGUGUGGGGUGGGGGCCGCAGCUGGGAAGAGGGGCUUGAGCAGGCAGCCCCAAACUCGGCCCUUCAGCUGUUUUGGGACUACAACUCCCAUCAUCCCUAGCAAACAGGACCAGUGGUCAGGGAUGAUGGGAGUUGUAGUCCCCAAACAUCUGGAGGGCCGAGUUUGGGGGUGCCUGGGCUUGAGGGUACAGUGGGGGGAUGGGGGGUCUUACUUUUCAGGACGACCUCCUCCCCCACAUUCCAACAAUUUCUGGCUGUAUCCAUAGUGGAGGUCAGGGAAUCCACUGAGGCCGAGGACAUUCCACCAGGGCUCUGAUCGGGAUCCCCCCCAAAUUCUUGCAUGCCAACUGGGUAAACCCCGUUAAGCUUCUCAUAGGUAUGUUGCAUCCCCCCCCCUUUCCUCAUUCAUGUCCUGCUGGCGGGCUUCCCACUGGGGCCCUUCCGUUAUGGAAGCAGGAUGCUGGACUAGGUGAGUCCCCUUUGGCCUGACCCAACAGCCAGGGCUUCCUUCUGUUUGUCACUUCCUAAAUAGCUGCUGAGUGUGUUUGUGCCCGUUGCUCCCUCUAAUAGCAAACUUAGGUGGCAAUUGCCAACAGAAAGGAGGCCCAAGCAGAGUUGUGUGGUCAGGUGUUUUGCAGAGAUUAAUCUGUCCCUGGAGGUUAACAGUUCAUAAAUAUACUUGUAGGUUCUGCUUUGUGGGGGGUGUGGAGUCUUAGAAACAGAGAUAUGAAAGCUAGGAGCUAAACGGCACCUUAAUCGUGGGUUAUGGGCGCAACAACAGAAUGUCUAGGCACACUUUUUAAUAACAAGAAUGCAAAGCUGAAAAUGAAUGAACUGCAGCUAAAAUCUUUUGUUCAUUUUUCAAAUGGUCUAGUCCUUCCCCUGCCCACCCCCAUAAUAUUCUUAAGAGGGUCUCUUCUCCAGUCUUCAGAGAGUGGCUGGAAAUGGGGAGGAAGAAAAACAGCAGUGGCAUUUUUAGUCUGAAAUCUUAGGCACAGUAUUGCGCCCAGAGCUCAGAAACUGCUCGUGCUAAUGAAAUUCCCUGCCGCAAAAUGUGCCUAGAACGAUGGGAGUUUCAAACGCUGGGUGUGUGCAAUAUUAUGGCGAGAGAGAAAGAGAAAACCUGAAGGCCUACCAACCACACCAAGGGGCAAAAUAGUGGCUUGUGGGGGUGGAGCCCAGUGUAUAAAGGUGCCUUGAGAGAGAAGUUCUCCCAUUCUUAUUAGAAUGACGUGAGUUAUCAUUGGUCAUUGAUGCCGCUACCUUGUUGCUAUUGUUUAAGCUGGCCUUCACCAACCAAGGGCCCUCCAGAUGUUUUGAACCGCAACUCUCAUCCAGCAUGGCUGUAGGUUGCUGGGGGCUGAUGGGACUUGUAGUCCGAAACGUUUGGCAGGCACCAGGUUGGAGAAGUCUGGUUUAAAGCAUUUGUAGUCGGGAACCCUUACAGGUCUCCCGCAAAUCACUUUGACGCCUGCUUGCUCCUGCCUGACUUUGCCAGUGCAAAAUGAGAUUUCACUUUGCACCUAAUUCAGCUCUCAAAACAGGACCCACAGGCACAGUCCCCUGUGUUCUUAUCCCCAGAGCUAUGCUGCUUCGGGAUGUGCAAGGCUCUUUUUAACCAUCAUGACCAACAUCCACCGAUAGACUUCCCUCCCUCGCGAGUUUAUCUGUUCCUUUCAAAAGUCAUCUGAGCUCUUGGACAUCAUGACUGUAGUUACCUCUGGAGUUAAACUUUAAACAAGUAGCUUUACUUUAUUCAUUGUUACUUUCUUGUUGUAUUUGUUGUGAGUGGGGCAGAUCAGCAUCACUGGGCUCCCAGCUGAAUAGGAGUCUGAAAUCUGAGCUGUGGUUGGGAGGGGGGCGGGGGGCAACGUCCAAAGCCAGUUCAGAUUUGCAACUCAGUGACCAACACUCUGGGCGAGCCUUCUCUCUGUCCUCACCCUAGGAAUCGCCCUGAGGGCAAAGUGCUGGAGACGGUGGGUGUAUUUGAAGUGCCAAAGCAGCAUGGGAAAUAUGACACGGGUCAGGUAAGUGGGAAAUAUGACACAGGUCAGUUUUUUGUGUGGCAGGGUGGAAUCAGAGGCAUUGGAAGCCUGUUGCUCUACAAUGGAUUGGGUCAGCUUGGGAUCCUCUCUUUUUGGUGUCCCCAUCUCUUUUGCAGUUGGUGCUACUAUAAAGGGACACCUCCCGACCAUAUUCUGCAAGCCCAGCCUUAUAAAGGGACCCUUGUCUGGUUGGCCACAGGAACACGCAGAUUUUUUUGCUUCAAGGCAACCAGGCACAGAAGCUUUUCUCAGUGGAAAAGAAUGUUGGCUCUUGUAAGCCAUCACUGUGACACAGUAUGGAUGUGUGAAGACUGUCAGGACCUGUAGCAUUUUUUUUGUCCUGCCCACAGCUGCAUUUUUGGCUUCCUUCACAUGACCUUUACUGGAGCCUUUGUCGUUUGUUUUGACGACCCCCCCCGCCGGACUCUGGAUUAGGUAGCAGUAGAUGCCCUAAAGCUGCCCACCUCCCUCCCUUCUGAAGCUGGUUCCUUGGAGCUGCCAUUUCUCACCGUGAUGGUUGGAGCAAAUUCUGCUUUCUCUUCUGCCUUGGCCUGCCUCGCUUGACGCUUUCUCUUGUCCUGCCCCCUGUGCUCUUUUCUUUCAGCUAUUUCUCCACAGUGUAUUUGGAUACCGGGGGAUAGUCCUGUUUCCUUGGCAAGCCAGGCUGUACGACAGAGACGUGGCUUCCCCGGUGCCUGAAAAGUAAGGAAGGAUUGGUGUUUCACUCACAGGCAGCCAGAAAUGGGGAGGGAGAGGAGCAUGUUAAGAAGCUCAGUGCGCUUUAAGUUGUUGUGGUUGGUAUUUAGAGUGGGCAGUGGGCAGAGCUUGCCCUGCUUUAUUUAAUCAUUUUGUUGAAUGUAAUUUAUAUACAGCUUACUCCAAGUGGUUUACAGUAAACAAUUUUUUUAAGUCAUUGAAAAAUACAGUUGUACCUUGGUUCUCAAACAGAAUCUGUUCCGGGAGUCCGUUUGACUUCCGAAAACGUUCGAAAACCAAGGCACGGCUUCUGAUUGGCUGCAGGAGCUUCCUGCACUCAGUCGGGAGCCCCAACGGACAUUUGGGCUCCAAAGAACAUUCGCAAACCAGAACGCUCACUUCCAGGUUUGCGGAGUUCGGGAGCCAAAACGUUCAAGAACUAAGUUCCUAACUGUAUUUGCUUCCAUAUUGAAGGACCCUGGGGUUUUUUGCAUUUAUUUACACCAAAAUAGCUUCUAACCAGUUUAAAAGUAUAAAAACAAUGAUGACAUAUUUACACACAGUUAACAUAAGCAAUAAAAUAAUUUCAUUAGCACAGUAAAAACAUACCUAAUUAAAAUAAAGGAAAUUCAUUAAGAAAGCUUCAGACACCAAGGUAGUGGAAUACAGUGGUACCUCGGGUUAAGUACUUAAUUCGUUCCAGAGGUCCGUUCUUAACCUGAAACUGUUCUUAACCUGAAGCACCACUUUAGCUAAUGGGGCCUCCUGCUGCCGCUGCGCCACCAGAGCACGAUUUCUGUUCUCAUCCUGAAGCAAAGUUCUUAACCUGAGGUACUAUUUCUGGGUUAGCGGAGUCUGUAACCUGAAGCAUCUGUAACCCGAGGUACCACUGUAUAUAUGUGACUUUUGAGAUUUUCCGGUUUGUAACAUUCCUCUCCUUUCUCGUACAAGAGGCUUUUUUCUUCCCCAAUGAGGCUGAGCUGCCGCCCUGUGUCAGAGACGGCCCAUCCACACUUGCUCUGUGAAAUGUGAAAUCUGUUGUGGAUUUAGCAUAUAACCAGGCCUUUGCCUGAUCGAGCCUUCUGUAGCCUUUUAAAUGUGUUUCGGGUGUGUGAGUUAAUGGUUUGGUUUUUGCUCUGUUAUGUAUUUUGUGUUCUCAUUUUGUAUUUUUAUGUUGUGAACCACCCUGUGAUCUUUGGAUGAAGGACAGUACACAAAUUUUAAUAACAAUAACAAUUGUAAAAAUAUUAACAGAAGAGGUUCUAAAAACACGCUGUGUGUCUUGAUUCAGGGGUGAGAAUGCAGCUGGGCACGGAUCCAAGGAAGUGAAAGGCAAGACGCACACGUACUACCAGGUUCUCAUAGAUGCUCGGGACUGCCCACAUAUAGUAAGUGCUUCAGCCUUCCUCCCCUUGCCCCCCCCUCCAUGCACGACUAGGAUGCCAUACAGAGCAGGGAGGGAGCCGGUUGGAGGAUCCAUCUAAGGGUGCCUUACAUCAGAGGUGGUUAACACAUGGCCUUUGUUAUUAAUUGUUGUGUUGGUUAAAUUUGUAUCCUACCCUUCCUCCAAAGAGUUAAGCUGUGGAACUCCCUCCCACAGGAGGCAGCGACGGCCCCCAGCCUAAAUGACUUUAAAAGAGGGUGAGGCCAAUUCAUGGAGGAGAGGGCUAUUGUUGGCUACUAGCCAAGAAGACUAUGCUCUGAUUCCCCGGUCAGAGGCAGCAAUGUUUCUGAAUGCCAGCUGCUGGAAACCACGGGAGGGAAGAGUGCUGCUCUUGUGGUCAAAUCCUGCUUGCGGGUUUCCCAUAAUUGUCAUCUGGUUGGCCACAGUGAGAGCAGGAUGCUGGACUAGAUGAUUCAUUGGCCUGAUCCAGAAGGGCUCUUCUUAUGUUCAGGACCACCCCUUUCCAUAUGAACCGACUCAGACCAUGUAAUCUUCAUCCGGUGUCCUCCUUUGUACUUCCUCUCCACAACAGUUCUGGAUGGUGGCAAUAUGAGAGCUGGCCUUUGCUGUGGUGGCUCUCCAUUUGUAGGCGAGGCUUGUCAGGCGCCAUCAUUACAUGUAUUUAGAUGGCAGGCAAAAGCAUUCCUCUUCUUCCACGCCUUUAGCUAAUUAAAUCCAUGGCCUUUUAAACUGGGUGGGUGUUAUUGUUUGAUUUGUUAUUGUGGUAUGUAUUUUUGUGUUUUUAAUCUGUGAACCAUUCUGUGAUUCACAAAAUAGCAGAAGCUCUCAAGUGCUGUCUUUGCCAUUUCUUCCUCAGUCUCAGAGAUCGCAGACGGAAGCAGUGACUUUCUUAGCGAACCAUGAUGACAGCAGAGCCCUCUAUGCAAUCCCAGGUGAGCAAGGUGUCCCUGUGGCUGCCUGGGGAGGGUCCAGGAGGCUGCCCAACAUUUCCCCAGGCUCUGUGUGUAAAUCCCUGAAGUGUUCAUGCAGGGGAGUGGGAAGCUGGUUUUAUUAUUCAUUAAAUUUAUUCCCUGCACUUCCAGGGUGGGGCAAAGAGCAAAGCGGUAAAACAUGCUCUGUUAGGGUUUUAUUCAACCAUCUUCCACUCAGAGUAGACUCAUUUAAAUUAAUGGAUCUACCGUAUUUUCCGGCGUAUAAGAUGACAGGGCGCAUAAGAUGACCCCCCAACUUUUCCAGUUAAAAUAUAGAAUUUGGGAUAUACUCGCCGUAUAAGACUACCCCUCUUCCAACGCACACCAAAUAAAAAUUUAAAAAACCAGUCUCCAGUCCGGUUCAGAAAUCCGCUCCACUUCCCAGUGGCCGGGGGCCUCUGGGGCCAAUUUUCAAGCGUAUUUCUGCUUCAUCUAGAGAGCUUGGUGUCCUCUGAUUUAAUUUGCUGUCGUUUUAUCCUUUGGUGGGGAGUUGCUGCAGGAGCUUCUGCUGUAGCCGGCGUAUAAGACGACCCCCGACUUUUGAGAAGAUUUUCCUGGGUUAAAAAGUAGUCUUAUACGCCAGAAAAUACAGUAUGUGAAUUGUGGCCAUUCAUUUCAAUGGGUCUACUUUGUGAACUGUUGCGGGGUUUUUUCUUUUACAAUCAAGUGAUGGUCUUCUUUUUUAAAAAAAACAACACAUAUCUACUAGGCGAUAUAAAGGAAUAGGUUAGCCUUUUUCCUUUUGUGGACUAGUUUUUUAAAUCUUAUUCCAUGCUUACCUGACUUGUGUGCUUAUGGUCAGUUCUAUAUAAUAUAAACAUAUGAAAAUCUCAUUCAAUUCGGCAAAUAGGCCCCCAUCUGAUCAGGCACCUAGACCAGCGAUCAGCCUGUCGCUCGGUGGCAGAUCAUCUGCUUUGCAUGUAGAAGGUCCUGGGUUCAGUCCCCAGGCAGGGCUGGGAAGGGCUCCUGCCUGAAACCCUUGAGAGUUGCUGCCCGUCAGUGUGGACGGGACUCAGCUAGAUUGACCAGUGGUCUGACUCAGGAUAAGGCAGUUUCCUAUGUAACAUUUGAAACCUGGUCUAUAUUUGGAACCAUGAGGACUAGAAUCUUUAGAGUCACUACUUCAAAAGGCAGCUUCCUAUGUUCCUCCGAGUAGGAUAAUUUGUUGUCUUUUGUGGGCGUGUCAGCUGGGGCUUCUGGACAGGAUUGUGUUCUGAUUCUGAAGCUGAGGAUAAUAACUGAUGCACUUGGCUGCUGUUACCUGGCCUCUGCAAAUACCUAGAUGUGUGUUUUUUCUCUGGGAUCCCCUUCUAGGACUUGACUAUGUAAGCCACGAAGACAUCCUUCCAUAUACCUCCACCGACCAGGUGCCCAUCCAGCACGAGUUGUUCGAACGGUUCCUCCUGUACGAUCAGACGAAAGGUGAGUUCUUACUUGGGGGGAAAGGCUGCAAAGGCCAAUAUGUUCUCCCCCUCUAAGAGAGGCAGACAUGGGCUGAAGCCCAGCUCAGUGCUUUCAGUGGUGCGCCAGCUCAGCCAGAAGCCGCAAUAAAUGUGGCCUUUUUUCUGAUUUCCCCCUUCUUCUUAUGCAAGGUGAAUGCUACAUUUUAAAAACCUUUUGUGGCAGAUUUUUGUUCAACAGACACACCAUUGUGACGUUUGAGACAGCUGUACUUGGUCAGAGCAACAGUGGCCGCUGGGGGACCCCCAGAUGAGGAGUUCCUGGGCCUAUAAACCAUGCAGGCUUUAAAAAACGGCAUUCCCUCGCCUUAGCUUAGCACAUAGGAAUGAAGUCAUGUUGUGAGAGAGGAAAAGCCUUCCUGCAUGAGCAGAGCUGGGUGCCUGAUUCAUCGAGAGGAACAGGGUGCCUCCCCUCCUUAUUGGGUGAGCUCAAGGAUGAGUUCUUCCUGCGCAAACAUUCUUGAUACUUUCUUAAUAUAACCUCAGUAAACAGAUUACUCACACACUCUUUUCCUCCACAUCUGUUCACGUACAAUUUAUAUAGCAAUAAUAAUAAUUUAUUAUUUAUACCCCGCUAAUCUGGCUGGGCUUCCCCAGCCACUCUGGGUGGCUUCCAACAAAAUAUUAAAAUACUGUAAUGCACCAAACAUUAAAAGCUUUCCUAAACAGGGCUGCCUUCAGAUGUCUUCUAGAAGUCUGGUAGUUGUUGUUCUCUUUGACAUCUGGUGGGAGGGCGUUCCACAGGGUGGGUGCCACCACCGAAAAGGCCCUCUGCCUGGUUCCCUGUAACUUGGCUUCUUGCAGUGAGGGAACCACCAGAAGGCCCUCAGAGCUGGACCUCAGUGUCUGGGUAGAACGAUGAGGGUGGAGAUGCUCCUUCAGAUAUACUGGACCGAGGCCAUUUAGGGCUUUCAAGGUCAGCACCAACACUUUGAAUUGUGCUCGGAAACGUACUGGGAGCCAGUGUAGGUCUUUCAAGACCGGUGUUAUGUGGUCUCGGCAGCCGCUCCCAGUCACCAGUCUAGCUGCCGCAUUCUGGAUUAGUUGUAGUUUCCGGCAUACUGUAAAGCGCAUAUAGCAAAGCGCAUACUGUAAUUCCCACUUCAACUUGCUUCCCCAAAAGUCUUGUCCACGUUACUUUCUGUGGGUAAACACCUUCUGUGCUUACUUUCCCUUGGAAAUACCUUUUCCUCUCUCUCCCUCCCCUCCAGUUCCACCCUUUGUGGCAAGGGACACACUGUGUGCGUGGCAGGAGAAGAACCACCCGUGGCUGGAGCUGUCCGACGUGCACCGGGAAACCACAGAGAACAUUCGGGUCACAGUGAUCCCCUUCUACAUGGGCAUGCGGGUAGGUGCCUGGCCCCGUGCCCCUUGGAGGCCUCGCUGUGGGUACGCCUGUCAGCAGCAGCCGUUGUUUCUGACACAAGUCGUGGUGCCGCCAAAGCCUCAGGGACCUUGAAACGGGAGCAGCUGGUUGGGUGGCCCUUCCAGGGGAACGUGUCGCAGACCCUGCAGGUUUCAUACACCAUCCUCAGGCCUGUAUCUUGCGUCGCAAAGCGAAUGGGUCCAUAUCUUUAGGAAAUCAUCCUGUGUGGCUGGUUCUCUCCCACACUGUCCCAGGGUUGCAAGGAGAAAGGGCUGUUGUGCUAGGUCAGGCAAAAGGGUCAGUUGGGCUUCAGGGCACUGGCCGUUCUCUAUGGCUUGUCUAAACAGGAAUGCUUUUAGCAGGCACCAAAAGGGGUCUUCUCAAUAUCAGUUGUCAGGGCUUUAGACAGAGAUUCCCAUUAGUUGCCAUGAAUAAACAGAAACCUGCUGUGAGUGAGACCCCUCCAGACUUCUUGAAAAGCCGCUAAGGCAGUCUUCUUUCUCUUUGGCGAUCACUUGUAGCCGAGUAAGCUUGCAAUGCCCAUCGUAGGCCACCCCUUCCUUGUCUCUCCCAAGGAUGUGGGGCUUGGAAAUCCCGUGGGGAGCGGCCGGUAGCCAUGGGUUUCUGACAUGGAGUGCACUGUUUAUGACAAAGGCCGCCUUCUCUUCUUCUCUCCUGCAGGAAGCCCAGAAUUCCCACGUCUACUGGGUGAGUGCUCUUUCCCCUGGGCUUGCAUGCUAAGGGUGGAGUGGCGGAGAGGGCUCUGGCCUUGCAAGGGUGUCUAGGCCUCUGUGGGCAGCCCCCCCCCCUUUUCUGGCUGGGAAGCCCUUUGCUGUUGGCUCUCCUGCUCUGACUGUGACUCCUCACUCCUUCUCGCCUCAAGUGGCGCUACUGCAUCCGCCUGGAGAACCUCAACAACGAAGUCGUGCAGCUCCGGGAACGGCACUGGAGGAUAUUCAGCUUGUCGGGCACGCUGGAGACAGUGCGCGGCCGAGGGGUCGUGGGGAGAGUAAGUGCCCCCCCUGGAGGGGGUUUAAAACUGGCCUUUUAUCUCUUGCCUCUGAGUACCAGUGGCUGGCUCUGCGGGGGGGCGGGGGGCUCUUGUGCUCGGGUUUUGCUAAAGGUCUACUCACUGGGGCUUCUGGUGGGCUACUGUGACAACAGGAUGGGCCACUGGUUUGAUGCAGCCGCAGGCUCCUACCAUGAUUGUUAAUAUUCAUUUCGUUUCUGUAUCUAUAUUUUUAUAGAACACAAAAUCUCAAAGUGGUUUAGCAACCCUACAUUAAAACAUUACUGAAGAAAGUCAAAUAUAAAGUCUACAUUCAAAACCACAUAAUACAGGAAGCUGAGAUAUUAUCUUUAAAGCUUUCAAAAUGAAACAUUGCAAAAGAGGUCAGCUGCAGAAUGCACAUUUAAUGCAGCAAAGUUAACAAAAAAAAAUCUUUAACAUAUCAAAGGAAACCAUUACUGAAGGAAGUCAGCUAUAAAAUGCACAUUGAAAACAGCAUAAUUGGCAAGAGAAUGAAAUAUUGUCUUAAGCAUAGAAUGUGUCUGCUGCUGUUGCUGCCAGUCCUGCCAGGGGUGGUUCAUGGCGGGCAGCGGCUGUGGAAGCUCAGGCUGGAAGACCUGGGUCUGCACGGAAAGACAGCCAAGGUGGUCUCUGGCCUCAGCUUUUGUAGCUGGAGUCAGCCAGGUCCCCACCCACCCAGGCCAGGUGGAAAAGGGCCUGCAAGGUCUUCCAGGUCUCACAGCCGGUCUUAUGUUCUUCUUCCUGGAAGAAGUCUCAAACAGAACAAAGCAGUUUAGCAUGAACAACUCCCAUCAGCCCCCAGAUGGUUGGUGAAGGUUGUUCUUAUGCAGAGCAGGAGGUGAGGCGGGAGGCGGCUCUCCAGUGAUGCUUCGUUUUCUCUCCCCAGGAGCCAGUCCUGUCCAAAGAACAGCCAGCCUUCCAGUACAGCAGCCAUGUCUCCCUGCAAGCAUCCAGCGGCCACAUGUGGUAAGGAACCGGAGGCUUCCAGAGCCACAGCAGGAAAGACCAGAGAGGAGGGUGGGAAGCCAGCUUCCCUGGGGGCAGCCUCCCCAAGGUGGCAGCGGCCAGAUGGCUAACGGGCAGGUUGGCCAGGUGGGGUGAGAAACAUGCCUUGGGAGUGUAUUGAAUCAGAGGGCUGGUGUUUAUAGGUCCCUCAGGUUGGCCCUGGCCACUUCUGAUCAUCAAAUCUUAACACAGUAUCACCUCUUACCAGCCACGAUGGCUCUGCCCUGUCUCCACUGUUGGAGGCAGCAAUGCUUCUGAAUGCCAGUGGCUGGAAACCACAGGAGGGGGAAGAUCUGGUAGGAUGCUGUGAGAACAGGAACCUGGACUGUUUUGAGCCUCCUUUGGCCUGAUCCAGCAGCCGCUACUUACAUUCUUACGUUAACUGCCACACAAUUGGAGGCUUCCCUUUUCCUGCCUGGUGUGUUUAUGAAAUGUGUUCAUAAACGGAAGAGUUUUGCUGUUAGAUGUCUCUGCCAAUAAUAGGUUUUAUCUGAUGUUUGUCCUACUCAGAGCAGACUGGCUGAAAUUAGGUCUGUUAAUUUCACUGACUCCGCUCUAGGAGUAAAAUUCAGCUGGAUGCAUCCCAGUUCCUCCAGCCCACCCUGGUUCUGAUGAGCUGCUUUAAAAAGAAUGUGCAGCAUCAGCUGCCAGACUCGUUGGGAAGCGUAAAGGAAGGAAAGAUGGAAAGUAUCGGAGCAGGGAAAGGAGACUAGCUAACAGAUAACAAGGAGGAGAGGACUAUCGAUGGCUGCUACCCACGAUGGCUACUCUCUGCUGCCAUGGUGGGAGGCAGAAAUGCUUUUAAUGAUCAGUUGCUGGAAACCCCAGGAGGGGAGAGGGCUUGUGGGUUUCCCUUUGGGGAAUCUGGUUGGCCACUGUGAGAACAGGAUGCUGGACUAGAUGGGCCCCUUUGGGCUUGACCCAGCAGAGCUCUCUUUAUGGUCUUGUUGAAAGAAGAAGCUGGAGUUAAAAUUGCGGUACAGAUAUAUUUUCUCUUGCCUAUUGUGGCAGUGCAGUCCUCCUGAGUUAACAGGUUUUAAGAUAUAAUAAACGGGAAUGGCCCCGAACAGAGUGACUUGGUUGUGUCCCCCCGCCCGCCCUCUAACCUGCUCUGGGUCACCCCUCACUCUGAGCUCUGCUUUUGCUCCGUAGGGGCACUUUCCGCUUUGAGCGGCCCGACGGCUCCCACUUCGACGUCCGGAUCCCACCCUUUUCCCUGGAAAGCAAUAAGGACGAGAAGACGCCCCCUUCUGGCCUCCACUGGUAGAGCAGCCCUCAGGACAGCUUGGCUUUCCCCCAACUUACCCACAAACAAACAGCCCCCUUUCUUCCUCUCUCAGGGGCUGACGCUAGUUCUGGUUUUUCUUUUAAGAAAACACAAAAACUUGGAAACGCACCCCCCCCCUCCGUUUCUUUUUCACAAUGGCCGGAAUCUGGAGAGUUUGCUUGGAAUUCAAACCUGGCUUGUUUCAUGGCCGCUUGGCACCAUCAGCCCCCCGCCCCAGGGACUCAAGAGUACUGGGCCACCUGGGACAAACCUGCUGUUGAUGGAGCCCACGGGGAGGGUUUCUGCUGAGUGUCGCAUGGAGUCGUCUCCUCCCCCCUCCCCGGAAUGUGAGGUAGUGUGUGUUUUUCUCUGAAUAAAACAGGCCCUCCCCAGCGAACUGCCCAAGUCUUCCUUUUGUAUCCUCACCAUCCCGCCCGCCAUCGUUCUUGCCCUGAUUUACAUCCAUCCCAGGCCUGGCCCUUCCCAGCAGUGAGCCUGCUUCCGUUUUGGGCAAAGGCCAGAGCAGGAGGGGAGUGUGGGGAGGCCUCUGUCCUGCAGCCUCUGCCAGGAGCUUAUGGCCCUCUGGUUGUCAUGAUUCCCUAUCCUCCUCUCUCACCAGAACUGAUGGAAGUUGAAGUUUGGCAAUGCCUAGAGGGUCCCCACAGGCUCCAUGUCCUUGUCCUCUGGCCCUCAAGUGAUGGUGUCUGUUGCAGAUCACAUGUUUUGUCUCCCCGCCCCCUCCUCCAGCUGUGUUGCUUCCUCUAGAUUCCAUUUCCAUCUGGCCUCACCUCCUUCUCCAGAGCCAUUUAUGUUGCGGGCUCCCAACCCCAGGGGCUUGGGCCACAGGUCAGCUUGCAGCCUCAGGGAUGCUCGUCUCAGGAUCCAGCCUGCUCUGGUCCCCUCCCUGCUAGGAGCAGAACAGAAAUUGCAAGAGGUCUGCUCCAAAUCAAAGGCCAAAGAUGAGAGCCAGGCCAGGGAGCUGCAGCAGUGCCCGUCUGGGUGAUGCUGCGUCGUCUUGUCCUGUUAGAGCCACAACCUGUUGUUGUCCCCUCCCGUCUCGUUCUGCUGAUGCGUAGCUACAGCACUCCUGGUGCUGCCUUCCGUGGCAGGGACAGUGCCACCUGUGGAAGGUUAAUUGUUUCUCAGCCACCCUGGGGCACAGACUGACAGGAGGUUCAGUCCCAAACAUCUGUUGGCAAAGCUUUUUAAGCUGUGAAAGCAAGAGCUGCUUUAUAGCUCCUCUUUGGUUUCUGGAAGAGUGCACCGUAGGAUUGCACCUUACAUGGGAGUUCAGUUCCAGGAUUUCCAUGUUUACAUGAAAAUUGCAUCAACCCAAACCCUUGGUUUUGCCCUGUAGCUAGCAGGUGAGAGUGGGGAGAAAAAGAGAGAACCCCCAGUCCUCACAAGGCUUUUGUGCCAAGUGGACCUGGUCCAAAGGAGCUUUUAAACUCUUUGCUUGCUGAUCAAGGCCCACUCAGCCAGCGAACUCUGGGAAACUAGAGAUGCUCAUGCAAGAUCUCACAGGAACUUGGCUGGCCCUGCGAGAGCAUCCCAGCGCUGACACACUGAGCCAGCCUUGUCCCCCAAGCAAAGCAGAAACCUUAAAAGCUCUUUAGGCACCAGCUAACCCCAAGCAGACCUGGCACCUAAAUAGCUUAUAAGCUAUCCGCCUUGCUUGGGUUUCAGUUGUGCAAUUGCAACCAGCCUGCCUUCAGCCAUGGAUGGUUGAAAUUGUGCAGGUUAGACACACAUAAGAAGCAGUCAUGCUGUAUUAAGCAAGCGUUGGAGACUAGAUGGUGGCAGGUCAGGCCUGGGGCUGGGCAAGCUUCCCUUCACACCUGGUCCUUGCCACUCUCCUCCCAUUUCUUCAACUGGUUUUAUAUAUUUUGCAGGCGCAAUUAACAUUCUCCCAACUACCAGAGGGCUGGUGGUAAAUGCCAAAGCGGAUGGGGGAGUCCAGCCACCUCCACACCACCCACUUGCUUUCUAUCCUGCUGCUCUUUAAUUUUUUCUGCCUGUCAGCUGACCUUCAUUUAAGCCUCAAAACAAAACCCCACGGAGGCUCAGAACUGGAGCAAAGCUCAGUCCCUUUGGGGAAGUGCCCCCCUCCUGGCUGUGGGAGGUGUUGAAGCCAGCAGUGCCAUGAAGUGAGGGGGCUCCCUGCCAAGUGUCAGGGGUUUUGUUUUACAUUUAUAGGCUGAGGGCACUCACAGAUCUCCUGGGGCUGAGGGGACUUGUGUUUGUUGCAGACUUUCCCCACCCACGUCUAAAAGAGACGAGGCAAUCCUCUCCUUAGCCUCAUUAGUGCUUCCAGACUCUGGCAGAGGAGCUGGGCGUGUCAUGUAAAUAACUGUAAACAAAAAACAAAAAGAUGCUAUAAAAUAAAAAGUGUUGAAGUAA